GCGGCACGGUGAUGCUACCCGCAGGUGACUCUAUCUCGAUUAGUGGGCCCAAGGUGGGCGGUCCUUUCUUUUCGCUCACGUAAAACGUUGAGGCUAUGAUAGACUGCCGACUCUCGACGGCCGUUAGUCGUGCCAUAUUAACGGCGUCGUUGCCUUCAUACUGUUCCUCAUUUUCGUGAGGUAGGGUUUCGCCGAUCCUUCUCUCAAGAAAAUCAUCGUCUCUCACUUUAUGCAGGUAAAACCCUUGCUAUUCGAUCGAUCUGUUUCUGCUAUGUUGUUUUUAAGCAACGAUUUCGAUGUUCUGGAUCGAAGAUCUGGUGUAUUAUGAUUUUUUAGUUUUUAGAUUUUUAGUUUUUGGUUUUGUUUACGUCGAUUUGAUUGGGUUUGAGUCGGAAUCAGUCAGAUCUAUGUUUGAAUUGAGAUCUGAGAUCAGGUUGCGGUAGGGGGGAGUAGGUUUAUCCUUCGUUUGGUUGCUGAGAGAGCGGAAAGAAAAGAGGAGGAGAGGAAAUGGAGUGUUCAAUUUUCAUCUCUAUGUUUUGCUUUGCCGACAUGAAAAUACGGGCCUCGCUCAGACUAAAUAGUCGAUCUCUGCUUCUUCGAGGGAGUAUUAGGUUCAUAAAUUGUUAAAACAUCUGAGAUUGACAUUUUGUGUUCUCUGCUUAACGAUUUUUUUUCUCAGUAAGCUAACGGAGACUUUGGGGCUUUUCUUGUCCUCCUUCUCCAUUACAAAAGAAGAAAACUGGGGACUCUAGACUGAAAGAGGAAGGAGUUUAUCUUUGGUGACUUGUUGGUUUUUAGAGAAGAUAACGUGUACAAAGUGACCAUUAAUUGCAGCGCUAGGAUAUAAUGUUUUGAACAUAAGCAUUCGGUUCUGUUGGCACUUCCGAUACCAUUGCAUUUUGUAAAUGUACAAUUUCAUUCUCUCAUUCCAUGAGUUUGGCUAUACAGGGUUUGGCAUUCUCUGUAAUGAUAUAGUUCCUCUGAGAUUGUCCAGUAGUAGAGUUGUAUAGUUCCAUUUUAUUUGUUGCUUUGGUCGAAGAGUUGUGCACAGUGAUUGAUUUUGUAGAUAGCAAUGGAAGCAAAAUUCGCAGAGGCAUUGGAUAGUGAUCAAAGGGUUGGGUUUGGCUUGAAGAGGAAGCAGGCUUUCAAGGGAGCAUAUUCUUCUGGAACAACUCGUGCAGUGGUACCAUUGCGGUCCACCUUGAACUCAUCAACAAGUAUGCUUUGCAAGCGAAGGAAACUUGAUGGAUGCAAGAGCAAGUAUGUGGACUCUAGGUCAUAUUUUAGGAAAUCAUUGGUCAGACAUUAUUCAAAUUUUCUGAAAAGUGGGUUUCCACAACGUAUAAUGUUCUAUCAGAAUGGUGAAUGGACUGACUUUCCUCAGGAUCUUGUUGGCAUGGUUGGAAAAGAUUUUCAGGUAAAAAAGACAGCAGUUGAGGUUGACUUAGAUGGUCAUCGUAUUUUGCUAGAUUUUUUGCAUAUGAUUCGGCUAGACUUGAAAACAGGUUUACAGCAGCCUGUUGCUUGGAUUGACGAAGCAGGAAGCUGUUUUUUUCCAGAAAUUUUUUCUGAUGAUGAAAAUGAGCUAAGUGAAUGCUGCUAUCAUGGAUGUGAGAAAGAUCAGGCAUCGUUUGCAGACUCUUUUGGGUCUCGUGAGAUUAAGCUGCAGCUUGAAAUUGACAUAAAUGGAGUGGAUCAUGCUAAGUUCAAGGAAUGUAGUGGAGAGUCAAACGCUAUUGUUAAAGAAAUUCAAAUUGAUCAGAAACCUGAGAGCAACAAUUAUGAUGCAGAAGUCGAGGAUAGCUGCAAUGAAAAAUCUGAUGGAAAAUUGGAUAAGGCUGUUGCAGGAAGUCAGCAGAUGGAGAAAAACUUAUUAACAGAGUUUGAACCUGCCCAUGGAGAUUUGGAUUCUGAUUCUGUGCGUAGCAUGUUUUUGACAGGCACGGAUUCAAUUAUUAAUGCCGAUAUUCUUGAGAUAUGCCGCUGCUCAAGUGUUUCAAUGCAAGCUCGAUUGGAGCUUUUUGAGAAGCAGGUUGAAAUAACCAAAAAGUAUCGUGGGGAUGCAAAUGUUCAGUAUGCUUGGCUUCCUUCUUCCAAGGAAGCAUUAUCUAGUACCUUGAUUUAUGGACUGGGGCAUGGUGGUCUAACAAAAAAUAAGUCCAUAUAUGGUAUUGGUGUUCAACUUGUGGCUGUUAACUGCACUCACACGAGUGCAAAUUUUUGUGAUGUUGAUGAAAAUGGUGUACAGCAUAUGGUUCUGUGUCGUGUUGUUUUGGGGAACAUGGAGCUUGUUCAUCCUGGAUCUGAACAAUUCCAUCCCAGUACUGAGGACUUCGAUAGUGGAGUAGACAAUCUGCAAAAUCCAAGAUAUUAUGUAGUAUGGCACAUGAAUAUGUUCACUCACAUAUACCCUGAAUAUGUUGUUAGUUUCAAGGUCUUGUCCAGUGCCAAAGGGUACUUUGUUGGAAAUGAGAGCAAAUAUGAUAUUUCAGGGGUCACUGCUUGCCAUGGGCCUCUAGGCCAACCUUUUGUAGCUGAUGUGGGAAGUGACUGUCAUGCAAUUCCACUUUGUGGAAGAUCUCAGGAAAAAGCUGUUAUUCUAGGGUCAGACUCUCCCAGGGCUCCUAAAUCCCCUUGGAUGCCCUUCCCUAUGUUAUUUUCAGCUAUUUCAGACAAGGUUUCUGUUAAGGACAUGAAUCUCAUUCAUAUUCAUUAUGACCUUUUCAAGAGGAAGAAAAUAAAUCGGGAAGAGUUUAUCAAAAGGUUGAGGUUGAUAGUUGGAGAUAAUUUAUUGAGGUCUACAAUAACAAGUCUUCAGCACAAGGUAUCAUCAAUGCCAAAGCCUGCAUUUAUUGUCAAUGCUUCCACUGCAUUGAAAGCAAUGGUAGCACCAAAACAGGAGGGAGAGAGUUUUUGUGCUGAUAAUGCGUCGACAUGAAGCUCAUUGAUCUAGUUGGACAGUGGCUUUUGGGUGUAUGGUAAAAUGCUAGCUUUUCUAUUUUUUGUUUUUUUUUUUGGGCUUGUUGGGGUGGGUUGUGGUGGUGUGGUUUAAAUAGAACCAUGCUGUUCUCUGAUGUUGGAUCUUGAAGACUGGAUGUUUCUGAAUGUGGAUUGGAAGUUCAUUCAGUUGAUCUUUACUUCAUUACCAAA